GUAAGAUGCGGCUGUAUGCAGCAGCACCAAAAACCGCAGCAAGACUCCCAGCCGCGCUGUCAAGGCGCAGCGGCGCUGUCACAUGACCUAUCGGCUGACGGAAGGCGGCGGCUUGUGGUGGUACUGGUUUGGGAGAGGUUGCGGAAGUCAUCAGGCAUCGGCCCCGCCCUCUCCUGCUGUCAUCUGACAUUGGCUCUACCCUCUCCUCCAGUCACCCGACAGUAGUCCCGCCCUCCUCCCCCCUCAGUGUGUGGGGAAUGGCUGCAGUGUGGCAGCAGGUAUUGGCAGUGGACGCAAGGUACAACGCUUACCGCACGCCCACCUUCCCCCAGUUCCGAACGCAGUACAUCCGCCGACGCAGCCAGCUGCUCAGAGAGAAUGCCAAGUGUGGCUUCGAGCCGGGUCUGCGCAGACAGUACCUGAGGCUGCGCAGCCAGCUGCUGGCCCUGCGCUACGGGCCGCUGUCGGAGCAGAGCAGCUUCCGGGCCAGCAGCGUGCGCAGCUCCCGCACCACGCUGGACCGCAUGGAGGAUUUCGAGGACGACCCCAGGGCUCAGGGUGCGAGAGGUCACCGCCGAUCGGUCAGCCGGGGGUCCUACCAGCUGCAGGCCCAGAUGAACAGGGCCGUUUAUGACGAGAGGCCCCCCGGCGGUCUGGUGCCUACGUCCGUGGCCGAGGCCAGUCGGGCCAUGGCGGGGGACACCACCCUGAGCGAGAACUACGCCUUCGCUGGCAUGCACCACAUCUUUGAUCAGCACGUCGACUCGGCGGUCCCGCGGCUGCAGUUCGCCAACGAUGACAAGAACCUGCUGGCCUGCUGCUCCCUGGACGGCACCCUGUCCAUCAUGGCCCUGUCCCCGGCCCCGCCCUCCGUGAAGGUCACCCUGCGGGGCCACCUAGGGCCCGUCACCGACUUCGCUUGGUCGCUCAGCAACGACGUCAUCGUCUCCACGUCGCUGGACGGCACGCUGCGCAUCUGGAACACGGAGGACGGGCGCUGCAUCCGGGCGGUGGGCGACCCGGACGCCAGCGAGCUGCUCUGCUGCACCUUCCAGCCCAUGAACAACAACCUGACCGUGGUGGGGAGCAGUAAGCACCUCCUGCAGGUAGUGAACAUCUCCACUGGGAAGAAGGUGAAGGGGGGGUGCAGCAAGCUGACGGGACGGGUGCUCUCCUUGUCCUUCGACGCGCCGGGCAAGAUUCUGUGGGCCGGGGACGACCGCGGGAGCAUCUUCUCCUUCCUGUUCGACAUGGCCACGGGGAAGCUGACCAAGGCCAAGCGGCUGAUGGUGAGUGAAGGCAGCUCCGUCUCCGGCAUCUCUGCCCGGUCCUGGAUCAGCCGAGAGGCACGGGACCCGUCGCUGCUGGUCAACGCCUGCGUGAACAAGCUGCUGCUCUACAGGGUGGUGGACAAUGAGGGCACCCUGCAGCUGAAAAGGAGCUUCCCCAUCCAGCACGGCUCCCAGCUCCUGCACAGCAUCUUCUGCCCCCUCAUGUCCUUCCGCCAGGGGGCCUGUGUGGUGACGGGCAGCGAGGACGGCUGCGUGUACUUCUUCGACGUGGAGCGGAACACCAAGGCCAUCGUCAACAAGCUGCAGGGCCACGGCGGCCCCGUGCUGGACGUCAGCUUCAACUGCGACGAGAGCCUGCUGGCCUCCUCCGACACCACGGGCAUGGUGAUCGUCUGGAGGCGGGAGCAGAAGUGACGCGCCCUGCCCCCCCCCCCCCCCACGCACACUAACGAGGCCCCCCCCGCACCCACACGAGGGCCCCCUGCUCUCCAGCUUAGCCACCUCUCACAUGUUCCUGUAGUACAGCCGCCAACAGGACUGGGGAGGGGGUCUACCCAGAGUCCUUCAGUUCCGCAGACGCUCACAGUCCGGCAUGCACACACCCCCCCCCCCCCUUUAAAAAAAAGCUCAAAAAAGAAAAGCCUGAGAACAGUUCCCCCCCCCCGCCCUCUGCUGGUCCUCCCUGGCGCAUGCCGGCUGCUGUGUGGAGCACUCCAGUACUCCUCCACCCACCUCCACCCACUAGCCAUCCCGCCGCAGCGCGGUGCGACCUCGUUUCCAGGGGACGGCCGCCCCCUUCCAGUUCCGUCCCACCAUAUUACUGUAUGCGUAUGAUGCAUAUUCUGCAUUCAUGUGACUGCGUAUUUAUAAUGCAUUAUUUGCAUCUAUGUAUUACUGUUUCUCAACUCUUGUCCUGGAGACCCAUAGCGUGUACUGGAUUUUGUCAAAGCCAAACUCUUGAUCAGUUAAGGUUGUUGAAAGAGUUCCACCAUAAUUGUGUGGGUAAACGUAUUUUAACACAAUGCAGGUUUGGCUUGUUGCCGCUUGCUGUCGGUAAAAGUUCACUUAGCGCAGAUGAUUACAGGUUUCAACACUCUCGGCAAAUGGGACCCAACUGAUAUAAUCCGUCAGUCUGUCGCUGAAUCAAUUAAAAGUGGAGACUCUUUCCAUUGGAAUUAUUUGCCGUGUAGUACAUACAGCGCAAAUGACAGCGUAAGUUGGUCUGACGAACUGAAAUUCCUGGGAAGUGAAUGUAGGAUGUAGAAUGUAUCUCUUAGGGCAUGCAUAGCUAUUUCUUGCAUAAUGUGGCUUUAAGAGAGUGAGCUGUCUUUGAUAGACGUAAAAAGUCUAAUUAAGAACAGUUAGCAGCUCAUUACAAGGCAUAACUUGUUACUAUGGUUGGAACAAACACCAGAAUACACAGCGAGUCGCCAAGACCAGUGUUGAGAAACGCUGAUACAUUGCACACACACUCUGGGCAACACCUUGGAUUGUGCUGCAGUUGCAAAUGCUGUACGAAUUACUGAUAACUGCAUUAUGCAGAUUUUAAAAACACAUUCUUGGUGGUAUGUAAAUGUUAGCAAAUGUGUUAUUAAGUGAGAGUCCAGGGUGGCCAGAUUUGACAAAACUCCCCAAAAUGGUACAGUUUGAACACAGCUGAGAAGGGUGAGUGGUCUGCUGUAUGUAAUUUGACAGCAGUCCGCACUGCGACUUUGAUGGAAUUUUCCCAAAUCUGGACACACGCGCCGCUUUCUCAAAAUAAUAUUCACUAAAAAUCAUGUUGGAUUAAACUCAGCAUGGAUUUUUUAAGGACAUAUAAAGCAGGCAUUAAUUCCUUUGUUAGGCUUCAUAACUACAUAACUUCUUGGGCCUUUCCUGAAGCUGCACUACCUGAAUAUGUUGCCAUUCCAUGGUGUUCUGUGUUUAUGUCUGUGGUAGAGUUGAACUUAUUUGAAAGAUAUAACUUAUUUUUAAGCUGACCUGCCCUCUGUGAAAAGCAGUGGUCUAGCUUUGUUUACCAUGAAUAAAAAAACAUGCACAGUACACACAUACAA